ACGAGGGCGCAGUUUGCAGUGACGUUGAGCGCAGUGUGUGUGUGUUGAUGGUGGCGGUGGCGGCGGCGCAGGCCGGGAGGAAUCUGCUGAGCCGACAUUUCGCAGCGCCCCGGGAAUAUGGUGUCAGGGCACAGGAGAGUCCAGGACCAAGGGCCGUAAACAUAAGCGCUAUCCAGAAGUGAUGUCAGAAAGCAUUUCUUCAUAGAAAAGAUUUUUUGAGCAUUUUCUAUAAAUGGACCCCAGCAGUAUGUCAUUCAUUGAAGGAGUUGGUGAUGAAGUUACAGUCCUGUGCGGAAUAGUCUUCUUGGUUCUGGCACUUGUUCUUGCCUGGCUCUCCACACAUGUUGCUGAUCGUAGUGAUCAAAUAUUCGGGACCAUUGUCACAACGGGGAACACUUCAUUAGUCAGGCUGAGCAGCGUCGAGCGAUACGUGGUAAAUGCAGCAGCACCCGAGGCAGAUGAAGCCCAGUCAGCAUCUGCCCCUGCUGAACAAAAGCCAGAGGAAGAAAAUGAUUCUGGGCUUGGAGCAUCGCCUGGAAACAAUGGACCCACCAAUGAGCAGGUGCCAGUCGAAGGGGCUUCCGGUUUAACCGAUGCAAAUAUCGAUCCUCUUUUAAACAUACAGGGUCUGCGCAAGCGAACGUCAACCAGUGGGAUUAGUACUGAUGAGGGACUGGACCCUGCAAUGCUUGAGAACUGUAAUGCUCGUACACUCACAGUGGAUAGUGUUGAAGAGGGUGAAGGGCAAAUUAAAGUGAGGCUGAAAUUUUUAAAUGACACUGAAGAGGUUGCACGAGUAAAACCAGAAGAUACUAUUGGAUUUCUAAAGAGCAAAUAUUUCCCAGGACGAGAGCAGCAAAUGAAGUUCAUUUACCAAGGCCAGCUUCUGCAAGAUCAGUCCCGCACUCUUGGAUCACUCAACAUCACAGAUAACUGUGUCAUCCAUUGUCACAUUUCACAAACUUCAUCCUCCCCAGGCCCUGCUGUUUCUUCUAUGGUGGAGCAGAACCAAGCCGCCCUUAAUGUGGGUAAUCUGAUGAUCCCAGUUUUUGUCAUCAUGCUUGCUGUAGUCUGGUACUACCGCAUUAACUACCGUCAGUUCUUCACUGCGCCAGCCACAGUUUCCCUGGUUGGUGUUACCGUUUUCUUCAGUUUUCUCGUGUUUGGCAUUUAUGGUCGAUAAAGGCACAU